AUGGGCCAAGAAUCUUAUUUUGAUUUUGCUAAAAGAAAAGGAUUAACCUCAGAGCUUCAAACUUUAAUAGACCUUAUCAAAACUACUCAAGACCAUAACACUUAUCUUCAAUAUAGUGUAUAUAUUGAAUCUUGUGCUAAAAGACUAGGUUGGCAUGAAGUUCUAGACUAUAUAUUAUAUGAACCGUUGGAAUUAAUUGAAGCAAAAAAAAGGAUCACAAAUAAUGCAUUUUUAAAAGUAGAAUUAAGCUCGAAUAACUUGCUACUUUUUGGAAUUCUGGAUGUUGAAACAUUGGAUACUUCAAGCUCUCCAAUUAAGAAGGUAUUACAAGAAAUAAGGCUAUGGAAUAGUGUUAAAGAAACUUUAUUGCCCAAGCUAUUACCCAAUGGACUAAAGAAUUUUAUUAUAAACCAAGUUAGGGCUGGUAAUGCUUUAAUACUGAAUGAUGGAAAUC